UGAACAUAUUUGAUCCUUCACUUCCUUGAUGAAGGGCAAAGAACAUCAUUUAUUAUAAUUCCAUCACGUCUAAAACACUUUACAGGAAUAUUUUACAAACCCUUAGCAUUUGACCAAUACAUUAUUUCGUCAACCCCAGGAAAAAUGAAAGGCAAAAUUGAUACCAGCAGGAUUAGCUUUCAGACCAAAAGGACUUGUAACUAAACACUGUAGACAUGUUACCUAAUAUUUUAAGGAUUUUGCCUCACCACUGCCAUCAUGUUUGCCAGGAAGUGCUACAAAUAAAUAAGCUGUCUUUAAGCUAAAGAACAUUCCAAGCCUUCAUGAAUUGUGGUUUGUACAGCCUUUCUUUUAAAAAGGACAUGUUGAUGUAUUACAUAGGAACAUCAAGAUGCAAAAGCAAGUAUUUCUAAUCCUCUCAGCUGUAUGCACAACAUUGUGCAUUGAUCUUAUCUACCAUGUUAAGGAGACGAAUAAUCCAAUUACGUAUCUGGGAGAUGUAGCCACUGAUAUCCAGUCUGUAAAGGGAAUCCUUUCAAACAGGCACAAAUUGAUUUGGUUUAGCCAAUUACAACAGGGUGGUAAUGCAAAUUCCCAUCUGUUCAAUGUCACCCAAACAGGUAAACUUUAUGCCAUUCAACCUUUGGAUGCAGAAAUUCUUUGUGAAUAUGAUAAAGAAUGUUCUAGAAUAAUUGUUGUUGCAGUGAGGUUCCAACAAUCAUUUAUUAAGAUAUUAGAAAUAAAAGUUAUAAUAAGUGAUGUGAAUGAUCAUAAGCCUGAGUUCCUAAAGGACCAAAUUUUACUUCAGUUCUCUGAAGGUGAUGGGAAAGGCAUCACUAAACACAUACCCAAUGCAGUGGACAAAGAUGUGGGUACUUUGAACUCUCAGAUUAAUUACAAACUUCUAAAACAUGAAGGUGAUCCAUUUGAACUCACAGUUUCUGAAAAUGUAGAUAGCACAUCAACUCUUGGUAUAAAACUGAAAGAAAGAAUUGAUCGAGAGAAAAAUGAUUCAUAUAAAAUUCAAAUUAUUGCAGAAGAUAGUGGAUUUCCAUCACAGAAAAGCCAGUUAGAAAUUUUGAUAACAGUGGAAGAUAUUAAUGACAAUGUCCCAUCUUUUGUUCACAAUGUAUACAAUAUAACUGUUAUAUAUAAGCAUCAGUGGAGCAAACCAAUAGCCACAUUGUCAGCUAUUGAUCAAGAUUCUGGAGACAAUGGGAAAAUUUCCUACCACUUCAGUACAAAAACUUCAAUGAUAAAUAGAUCUUUUUUUCAAUUGAAUGAAAAAACAGGUCAACUUUUCUUCACAGAAAAUUUCAAUUCUAAAUUGAACCAGUCAUGCAAGCUUUUCAUCAAAGCUACAGAUCAAGGUAACCCACCUCUUAGUUCCAUAGCACUGAUGCUGGUAAACAUUAUAAACCAACAAAACAAGGCGCCAAAAAUAGAUAUAAAUUUCAUCUCAAAAGAAAAGGAAGAAAAGGUAUAUAUUUCUGAAGCGAUUGAAAUUGGAAGCUUUAUUGCAUUUGUUAAAAUUACAGAUGAUGAUGCUGGUAAAAAUGGAGAAGUUUAUUGUAAUCUCAGAGCUAAGAAAUUUGAACUUGUGAGUUUAGGUUCAAAUAAAUAUAAAGUGAUUAUCAAAGAAGCAAUAGAUCGAGAACUGGAAGUCAGUGUCAAUUUCACCAUUUCUUGUAGAGAUCAUGGAACGCCUCCUUUAGAGACAAACAAGUCAGUUAUUAUAGAACUAGAAGACAUCAAUGAUGUGAGACCACAAUUUUCUAAAGAUGAAUUUAAAUUUUCCGUGCAUGAAAAUCAGAAGCCAAAUUUCCCCAUUGGACUUGUCAGUGCAAAUGACUUAGAUUUAGGCCCAGGAGGGCAAUUGUCCUAUUUCUUGAUAUCAAAGAAGGGAGUACGUCUGCCUUUUGAAAUUUCUGACUUUGGUUUUAUUUCAACGACAGAUGCUUUAGACCGAGAAGAAGAAGAAGAAUAUAAUUUUCAAAUACUUGUGAAAGAUAAUGGGAUUCCAUUUCUCAAUAAUACUGUAAAUACAACUGUAACUGUCUUGGACCAAAAUGACAAUACUCCUUACUUUAUUUUCCCCCGUCACUCCAAUUUUAUUAUGGACGUUUAUUUUUACUCUUGGGGAUCCAGAAACAUAACUGUUCUCAGAGCUGUGGAUGAUGAUAUUAACAUUAAUGCCUUUCUUCAAUAUGAAAUAUCAGCAGGUAAUCAGAAGAAUUUAUUUCAGCUUGACAAAUACUCUGGUGUGCUCUCUUUUACACGACAACUAUUCCAGAAAGAUGCUGGAUUGUAUCACCUUCAAAUCAUUGCUAAAGACAGUGGCUCACCUAUUUUAUCCACAUCGACUAAUUUAUCUUUAAAAGUGACUGUUAGUAAUGCUACCUCUUCAUUUUCAAGCAAGUUUCUACAGCAAGAGCCCCAUAGUGUACGCAUCUAUCUUGUACUAAUUGUGAUAUUUGUGGCUCUUGCGCUCUCAGUGAGUAUGGUCGUAAUUACAGCACUUUGUGUUGUACGAACUAACCAACAAAAAAACUUUCUGUGUUAUCAGAGGAAAAAUGCCUCAUCACAGUCACUUAAAGGGGUGAAGCAACAGGAACAUUUAUACCAACCUGCAGCAAAUGAUUCAUAUUCACAGGAUUUUAAUUCAAAACAAGAAUCUUGCAAGCAGCAUGAGUUAGCCUACAGCUGGAAAGGUUCCACUCCCAGAAUACAUAGUGAGAUGCAAACAGAAUGGAAACAUCAAAACUUCCUUGAUGAUAUGGUCAUAAUAUAUGAUGGGCCAAGAAUACAAAGUUCUUUUAAGCCAGAAUUUCUUGGAAAUUACAAUGAAAUGUCAGAGGUAUCCUCCUGUAAUUACACUGGACAUGGCUGGACUGAAGCAGAUGCUAAUCACUAUGAAGAACUUCUUGAUAUUUAUGCGUUUCCCAUCAAACACCAGAAUAGAAAAACAUCUUGCAAAUCUUUGAGUAAAUCAAUUGAGAAUCAAAAUUUUAUGUACAGAGAAACAAAUGACAACAUGGAAUAUGGUAGCAGUUCUAAUUUGUCUUCAAAGCCAAUAUCUGGUUCAAUGUUUUGCACUAAGCCCCUACCUGAAAUACCACAGAAAAUGUUUCCAUCAACUUCCCUCAAUGUGUAACCGAUAUAAAGUAAAAACCUGAUAUGUUCCUCAUUUGGCAGAACAAAAAAAAAAAAAAAAAUCUGAGAGAUAUUUUUAUGAAGUGUAUACUUUUCAAAAAUAGUUUAACUUCAUAAAAAAUGUUGUUUCCUUCACAUAUAUUUACUUAUUUGCUAGUAAAUAUGAUAACCUAAGACAGAAUAAAAUAAAUCAGAAGAUAAAUUAAAAAUGCAAAGCAGGAUAAUGAAAUAAAAUAACGUGUGAAUAAAGUAGAUUUAAUUUCGGUCAGUUGUCAUAUUGUCAUUCUUAGAUGGUAGACUUAAUCUAUAGCUUGACUUCACAUCAAAACCUUGUGCAACUUUAGUAGCAGAGUCUUUCUUCUCUGUUUUUCCCAGUAACAGAAGAUCUGGAAAGGGUUCAUGUAUACUUCACCUCCUUCUCUGACUAAACUAUUGGAAAAAUAAUUCAAACUUAGUCUUUUUAAAGUAAAAUCUAAAUCCCAAAAGGAAGUUUGGCUAGUGACAGGACUACUGGGCUUUCGUUCAAAAGGUCUGUAGGGCAUGUUGUGUUCUUGGAUAAGGCCCUUCACUUCGUGUAUUUGCAAUCUCCUCAGUCACCAAAAUGAAUAUUAAGACUGACAGAUUCUGGUCAGUAUUAAUGAGUGUGUAGAAUUAUCAAAAGUUUUCGGUCAUGAAGAGCAAUAUGUCCAGUAGUGGACUACUAUAUUCUAUUUUUGCCAUUUCUUUUCUUUUUUUUACCAAAAUAUCAAGAAAUGAUUGACGAUCUGUGUUGACAAUAGUUAGCCUGUAUCAUUUAACUUUUACUUGUUUCAGUCAUUGGACUGCAGUCAUGUUGGGGCAUAAAGAAUAGUGCAGAAGAGUUUGAGAAACUCAGUUUUAGUAAGGAGUGAAAAUACCAGCCCUCUCUCUCUCUCCCUCUCACUUUCUGUUGCUUACUUUUUACAUUGCUCUCAGAAGAAAGGCAAAAAGUCUGAAAUGACAGAUUUUUUUCACUCCUCACUGCAAAUAUACUUGCUUCCAGGGUCUCUCCUAUUUGUUAACUCACUGGAACAGUAGAAUUCACCAAAACUAGUGAAAGCAGUCUGAAUUGACAAAUAUGGUAAAUACAAAAAGUUCACAAAUUGGAAUAAAUUAUUUGGCUGUGAGGAAGAAGAAAAGUUUAAUGAUUCAGGUAGAAUCCUAUUUAUCCUAUUUACUCUGGUAUGUAAAGUAAUUUUCCUGAAAUUGGUUUCCUCUAGUAAAAUAUUUACCAAAGUAGAUUGACUUUCUUCUUUUGUAGCUACUCAGGUGGGAAUGACCACAUAGCCAUUAGACUCCUACUUAUAUCAAUGUUUCUUUUUUUUUUUUUUAGUUAGAUUGGAUUAUGGUUGUUGAUUUGUUUUGUAUUUGCCCAUAACUAAAAACAUUAUUUUGUUGUUGUUCUUAAUUUGUAUGUAUGUAUGUAUUUAUACAUACAUAUAUACAUACACACACAUACAGUUUUUUUUUUCUGUUCGAUUUAUGUAGUAAGUACCUCUCUUUUCAAAGUCUUUUCAUAUGAAAACUGACUCCCUCUCUCCCUGUCUCUCUCUUCCUAUCCCUCUUUCUUGCUCUCUCUCUAUCUAUCUCUUCUCUAUCUCCCUCUCUAUCUAUCUCUUCUCUUUAUCUCUCUCUUUCCAUGUCUCUCUCAGUCUCUCAGCUAUUAAAUCAAGCAAAUGUUUCUCAUGAGAUUACAGAGCUUAUUUAUUACAGGUCGAUGCUCACAAUAUAUCAGAUUAGUAUAUAGAUAUUAUCUUUAAAAAGUCACUUAUUGAAAUGAUGCUUAACUCUCUUACAAUUAUAUCUUUAAAUAUAUGUAGGAUACUGCAAAUUCUAGAUAUCAUCAAGCUGCAAAGGUUGAUAAAAUAUUCUGCUAGAAAACAGAGACCCUUAAACAGGCUAGUCUGAUUUUCCUAGAAUUCUUUUGGUCUAGAAUGAUCUGAUCUUCUAAAUUAAUAUCAUGAACUUAGAAAUUCUCAUGAAACA